AUGAAGCUACUCCUGCUCCUGGUGGCCUUUCUCCUACCCUCCAAAGCUGGGGCAGGGGAGAUCAUCGGAGGCAGAGAGGCCAGGCCCCAUUCCCACCCCUACAUGGCAUUUCUUCUAAUACAAACUUCAGGGCGACAGGGCGUUUGUGGGGGCUUCCUGGUGCGAGAAGACUUUGUGAUGACAGCAGCUCACUGCUGGGGAAGCACUAUAAAAGUCAUCCUGGGAGCCCACAACAUCAGGAGGCAGGAAAGGACCCAACAGCGCAUAUCUGUGCGCAGAGCUAUCCGCCACCCUGGAUAUAGCAAGCAGAACCUCCUGAAUGACAUCAUGUUACUGCAGCUGGGAAACAGAGCCACACGGAAUCGAUUUGUGAGGCCAGUGGCUCUCCCUCAGUCCAAGGCCAAGCUGCGUCCUGGGUCCUUGUGCACUGUAGCUGGCUGGGGCCGGGUCAGCCAGACCAGGAGAACAGACACACUUCAAGAUGUGCAGCUGAGAGUGCAGAGGGAUCAGGAGUGCAGCAAUAUCUUUCGUGCUUACAAUGGCCAAACGGAAAUUUGUGUAGGCAACCAAAGGGAAAGGAAGACUACCUUCCUGGGGGACUCCGGAGGCCCACUUGUGUGUAACAACGUGGUCCAGGGCAUUGUCUCCUAUGGAAGGAGUAACCCAACUCCUCCCGGAGUCUUCACCAAGGUUUCCAGCUUCUUGCCCUGGAUAAAAAGAACAAUGAGACGCUUCGAACAGCAGGGGAAUCACACUGAGACCCCUUGGGACUGA